AUGUGGGACGACGAGGACAACAACCCCUACGGCUCGUUCAACAGGCGCGACUCGGAGACGUCCGACGCUCCCGGUACACGACCCUCACCUCUCCCCACCACUCUCUACCCUCCGUCUAACUGUCGCAUCAGCNNCUUCCGUCAAGCCCCGUCGACACCGCCCUCCGGCUCGAGCAGCCCUCAGCAGUCCACACCCGAGUACCACCGACCAGAGUCUACCUACCACGAUGAGCCCUUCGACCACGACCAACAAGACAGCGACCACCACGACGAUGACGACGAGGACGUGUCGCAGUCGCGUAGGAUCGAACCCAAGAAGGGCGGCUACCACAGUCGCAUUGAGCAGAUCCUCUAUGAGAACCCCGACCUCGACAUCCAGAUUGUUCACGCUGGCAAGAACACCGAGGGCGGAGGCAGCUACAUUACCUACACCAUUCGCACCGGAGUAGACCAUUCUGCCACCCAACCUGCCACCACGAUUGCUGACUGCUCUAGNGAUAUCGAAGUACGAAGACGCUACAGCGAGUUCGCAUCACUAAGAGCCACCCUGGUCGCCCUCCACCCAACCCUCAUCAUUCCACCUAUCCCCGAGAAACACUCCAUCACCGACUACGCUUCCAAACCCACAAAAGCAAAGGAGGACCUAGGCAUCAUCGAGUUGCGCCAGCGCAUGUUGACAACCUUCCUCAAUCGCUGCCGUCGCAUGCAAGACGUGCGCGACGACAAUGUCUGGUGGCGCUUCCUCGAUCCCAACGCCAGCUGGAACGAGGUCCUGCACUCUCAUCCCGUCGUAAACAUUCCCAAGAACAACCUCAAGGCUCCUCCACUCGAUCCUGCCAACCCUUCUCCUGGCCACAACUUCCUGCCUGUACCUUCAUCCUCGGCCAGACUACGCUCGUCUGCCAACGCUUCCGCUUCUGGUACACCCAGCUCACCGCCCAUGCCACAACCAUCAGUUGCCGCCCACUCUGCUCCUGGUCCUCAAGUCUUUGGUCGUUUCCCUCCCGACUCGCAACCCCUCUCGGAAGAAGAUCUCGACCCCUACUUUGUCCAGUUUGAAAACUCGUCGCGCGAGCUGGAAUCCUUGCUGCAAGGUUCUAUGGAGAAGGUCAACCAGCGAACGCUUCAGCAUCUAUACAAGCUUGGAGACGAUCUUAUGGAACUAGGCGGCCGUUACAAUGCUUUCUCUCUAUCCGAACAGUCUGCCGAGGUUGCCGCUGCCAUUGAGAAGAUUGGCCAGGCUUGCGACUUUACAUACAUUCAAACCCGUGACUUGUCCAGCGGUUUGUCGGCCCAAUUUGCUGAACCCAUGCGCGAGAGCGCUCAGUUCGCUGGGAUCGUCAAGGGCGUUCUAAGAUACAGAGUCUUGAAGCGUGUACAGCAGGAGAUGACUCGCGAGGAACUUGACAAGAAGAGGGCGUCCCUUGACUCGCUCGAAAGAAGCGAAGCCGAGGCUAAGCGUAUCGAGCAAUACCUCCACAACUCUGGUUCUUCACCACCUCAACGUAGUAUGAGCACUGGCAGUAACGCUGCUAGACGCAACCCUGCCAGAGAUCAACUGCCUAGGCGCGCAGAAGAUGACACAGCGAGCAUCGACUCAGACUUCCCUCCCACCAUGGGCAGUGCUCCCAGCGCUGCCCAAGGCUCUCCNCACCAAGACCAUCAUACCAGCCCUACGCAACAUAAGAGAGGCGCUAGCGGCAAUUUCGUGACUAACAAAAUCUUUGGGCGACUCACUCAUGCUUAUCACAAUGUCGUCGAUACUGAUCCUGAGCGCGUGAGGAGAGAUCAGAUCGGCAAGACGAAGGAGAGUCUGACACAGCUCGAGCAAGCUCUAGAAGUCUCGGAAAAGGACGUCAAGGAUGCCAGUGGUGCUGUACUCAAAGAUCUAAAACGCUUCCAAAGCGACAAGGAAGAAGACUUGAGGAAAUACAUGCUGGCAUUUGCACGUUGUCAUAUUGAAUGGGCGCAACGCAGUCUAGAGACCUGGGAAGAAGCUCGGGUGGAAGUCAACAAGAUUCCUGUAUUGGAGCCAAGGUAG